UUUAUGUAGCAGGUAUAAACUAGGAGGGUUAAUUGGGGAAAUGAGAGAGAGGGGAGAGAAGGAGCAGUGCAACUGUAAAUGUAUGAAGUUGUGCCCACCUUCUUGGCCUCCUGUUUUCACUCCCUUCUUUUCCGAAUUUUUCCUGCCACUCAUUAAAUGCUGUUACAACUGUAUGGAGCAAAAUCAACUACAAAUUAAAAUUAUGUAAACACAUAAUUAUUUCUUUGCUCUUUUGAAUUCAUUUUUCAUUUUUCAUUCUUUUCUUAAGGGUGGACAAAUAUGCAUCACAGAUGUCCUAUAUGUCUUGACCGUAUGGUUAAACCCCAAACUAUCAAGUGUGGUCAUGUUUUUUGCCAAGAUUGCUUAAGUCAAGCUUUGAGGAUAUUAAAUGUUUGCCCCAUUUGUAAGGAGCCAUAAGGUGUGGUGACAGGGAAUCAACCACCAGGGCAAAUGACUUGGUCUACUCUGCAUUCCAGUCUCCCAGGUUACUCUGGGUGUGGUACCAUCUGCAUUCAGUAUUCUUUUCAAUCAGGAAUUCAAGGCCCAGAGCACCCAAACCCUGGUCAGCGGUACAAUGGUACGCAUCGUACUGCGUAUUUGCCUGAUAAUCGCGAGGGUAAAGAAGUCUUGCAGCUGCUACACAGAGCUUUUAACGCACGGUUGGUGUUUACGGUGGGUACCUCCAUAACAACAGGACUUUUCAAUCAGAUCACGUGGAAUGAUAUACAUCAUAAGACAAGUACAACAGGGGGUGCCCACGGAUUUGGUUAUCCCGAUCCACAUUAUCUCCAACGUGUUAAAGAAGAUCUCGCCGCGAAAGGGAUCCGGUGAUCUUCAGUUGCAGCAGUCGGCCGCUUACAUGAAGACAAAUUGAAGCCAGGACACUAUACCUCUUUCAUUUUUUUUCGCAACGAAGGCCUGGCUUGCCAACUGCACAUAACAAUUCUUGGAAAUUUUCAAAGUCAUACUGUACAAAUUUGGCCUGUUAAAUUUCAGUUUGUGUUCUUCUA